AAAUUCUCAUCAAUGUGGCACUGAACUUCCGUAUCUACUAGGAAGUCAAUGCGACGGCAGUCAUUUUGAGUUCUGUUUCUUUUUAAGUUUUUAAUUUAGGAGAAUGUCAGCAAAUCACCUACUCUUAUUACUUCUUUUUCUUCUGACCUCCAAAACAGGGUUCAGUGCUGAGAUCUCUGUGUUCGUGCAGACAGGAGCUUCUAUUCAACUGCAUAUACAGACACAACAACUACCAGAGUUUGAUCUUUUUUCCUGGAUGGAUAAUAAAUCAGAGAGUAUAGUUAGAUAUAACAGUGAUUCCAAAAGAGUUACACCUCACAAUUCAUACAAGGACAGAGUGGAUUUCAAUGAUAAAACCUUCUCUCUGACACUGAAGAACAUGCAGAAGACAGACAAUGGACUCUACAGAGCAAGAAUAAGUGGAUUAAUAAACAAAGAUUGUGUCACAUACAGAGUAUCUGUUAUAGAUGCUGUAGAGGCUCCUGUCCUGACUGUAAACUCAAACUGGUCCAGCAGUGACUCCUGUACUGUGAACUUCACAUGCAGAGCUCAUGAGCUCAUGAUUAACUCCAGCUAUCAGAACAACAGAUGCUCUAAAGAGGAAGUGACAUCACAGAUCAACACUCUCAUCCUGGACUGCAGUGAGGAAUCCAUCAUCUGUAACCAUAGCAACCCUGUCAGCUGGGAACAAGACAGAAUAAAUAUUACACAGCUCUGUGAUCGUAAUAAAAAUAACAUGAGUAUCCAGAGUGAUUCACUUCUCCUGUGGAUAGCAGUUGGUUCGGUGGGGGUGUGCAUUUUGAUAUGCGUUUCAAUCAUUCUGUGCCACAAGUAUAAAAAAGGUGCCCAGGAGGAGGUAGUAGGGGGUAGUACAGUCUAUGCUCAAGUUGAGGCUCAAGAAAUGCAGAAACUCAACAGUGACAGCCAUGCAUAUGAUAUCUCAGACCGGGUUCAAGCCCAGACACAAGAAGAAAUAGGAGAUAAACGACCCAAUACAACCUACUGCACAGUAGGACAAUACCAAAAACCAACAAUCGAAACAUCUGAAACAGACCAUACAAUUUAUUCAGAAGUGUGCAAACAACCAAACAAGAAACCACCUGCCAUUUCAGCCAAUGGCACUUAAAAAUAAACUUGUGGGCAUUUCUCACAUGGGGAAUUUGUCACAAGAUCUGAUCUCAAAAUGUCAUCCUACAUAUCUUUAUCAACAAGUAUAUGAAAACCCUUAUUUACAGGCUUCUUCACUUACAAAAGUGGAAUUCCUUUGAGAAUUUAGGUAUUGGGAAUCCUACCCAAUACCUAAAUUUAACAACUACCUUACUAACUAUUAAUAAGCAGCAAAUUAAGAAUUUAUUGAGGGAAAAGUCGUAGUUAAUAGUUAACAGUUAACAAGUGUUACCUAUUCUAAAGUGUUACCAAAAUAUUUUAUAGAAAUGUAUUUUUUGUGCAAUGUAAAUGUUUUUUUUUCAAGCUUUCUUUAAUAUAACGUAUUGCUUUAGUUUGAAGUAUCUCUCACGGUCAUGGUAGGUUCUUUCAUCAUCACUUGAUUUUUUUUCAGUCCAGCUCUGGCUUCAUGAACAAAAAAAAAAAAACUGUCCACCUUUAUUUCUUUGGUUACUUCCAAAACAACUCACUCCUUUACAAUAUCCCACUAGUAAAAGUAUUGCUUUUAUUUAUCGGGUCAUAAAAAGACUGAACUCUUUGAUGCAUCCUGACAUUUUUUCUUUUGUAUGUACACUAAAUAUUCAAAGGCAACUACAUGCUGUUUCUUCCUGUUCU